UUGUAGAAUUGACUUCACCUCAUUUUUCCAUCAUGGUUGAUAUUUUUUUAUUUUUUUUACAAAUUUUAUUGUCAAUUUUUGAAAUUUAAUAUAUGGAAAAUAUUGAAGAUAAGUUAAAAAGUUAUCGUCUGCGUAAAAGACGGCAAGAACAAAUUCAACGUUUUAAAGACAACAUUAAAAUAUUUCUAAUGCUGGGAGUGAGAGAUAAACAUGAAAAUAGUCAACCGGACAAAACAACAGUGACUGUACACGAACCAGAGACGGAUGAUUAUGUACCAAAAUCAUUACACAAUUUAUCAGAUUUUGAGGUGGAGAAUGAUAGCGAUGAUGUUUCUGUAUUAUCGAAAGAGGAAGGGAUGAAUACGAAUACUCCAGUUGAUACAGAUGGUCGUAUUUUCAAGUAUACUCUUCGAAUAGUGUACUUAGCGUUUUGGGUGACUCUGUAUAUAAUAGCAAUUGAGUUGCAAUUUGGAAUAGUUUUCCUAAUGUUUUCAGCACUUGCUGGAAUUUACUUUAAUACUCGCACGGGACCAAAGAAGCGAAACGAAAUCAGUGCCUACAGCGUUUUUAAUAAGAAUUGUGAAAGUAUCGAUGGAACACUAAAGGCUGAGCAGUUUGAACGGGAGAUUGGUAUUAGAUAGAAAAUAUGCGUACCUACUUUCUUUCUUAUAUUUUACAUAGAAAUCUAGGGCUAAAAAAUUAAUUCAAACAUUUUAACAUUUAUUUCUAAUUAUAGUACAUAUUUAAGUACAUGUUGUAAAUUUACUAGAUUAUUAAACCAAGCGAUAAGUGAUCUAAACACGUUUAUACUUCUAUAAAAUUGUAUGCUAGAUUUUUAUGUUUUUUCACUUUAAUCCCAUUUAACAUCCGACAACAUUUGAGAGACUGCUACGCAGAUUGACGGAGGACAAUUCUUUUUAUUCAUAUAUUCUUUAGACUUUAUCAAAACAUUAAAUUAUUCGAUAAAUCAGCUCAAUAUCUGAAGAGAAUAUCUUUGUAUGUUUAUCAGACAGUAAUAUAAAUUUCAGUACUGUUGUAAGACAACUUGCGACAAAUCUGCACAUUAUUUAAAGGAAUUGUAUUUUGAAAUUCGUCAACUCUAUUUUAUAUUCUCAAUUAGUCUUGAAAAUCAAAUCAAAACCUGGAAAUUAGCAGAAGCGCAUACCUAAUUUUAUUUGAUUAUUUUAAAUAUGAUGAACAUUUUGUUUGUUUGAUUCUUUGUCUUUGCUGAGCAGCAUCUGUCAGCAGCAUGCUUAUGACAGCAAACUAUUUACACUGGCGGUAUGUAUUGACAUCGAAGGCGCCUACAAUAACGUGCACACUGAUACUCUUAUCCAAUACCAAGACCAGUUUUAUGUUGACCGGGUGCUCCGUAACUGGAUCAACCACAUGCUAAGGAAUAGAUGGAUAAGCUGCGAGAUGUACGAUAUAACUCCCAUUCGGAAGUAGUCGAUAACAAAAGGGCGAAAUUAAUAGAUUUAAAGGGAAGGGAGCUCUAGGCAGUUUCAUUUCAAAAGCAAAACCAUUCGGCGCAACAAAGGCUGAACUAAAAAUAUGGGUGAGAGAAUCCCAUAAGACCUCUUGGAAUAAUGAAACAGUGGGUAGAACUACGGAAAUCCCUGCCGAGAGCAAGACGAAAAAUCUCUAUGAUAGUACGUAUUCUGAGUGUACUCACAAGAUAACGUGCACAUUUAUGCCAAAUUGGACGUGCGGAUUCAGACAUACACUGACUCAAACAAUUGUCCGUACACCAGUCAUUAUAAAACAUAUUUUGUAAUAUUAUCUAAAGUAUUUCACCAAUUCAAAUAAUUUUAAUUUUUAGAAUACGUUAUAAUGUUGUAAUAAAUUUCCCAGUUACAAAAACAUUAUAUAAUAAUCUAAUUGGUUUUAAGCGAUUAAUAAAAUGCAACACUGCUAAAAUUAAACUCAAAAAAUUGCCCGUACAGGUAGAAAAAAGUAAAUGAUGCAGCUCUAAAAUGUAACGGAACUUAGAAAAAAAGUUUUUUUCUUAUUGCUAAUUUUGUCAGCAUUGAUUUAAAAUCUUACUGUUGAUUUUUACAUUUUUCACAUUUAAAAUGAGUGCAAAUAAUAAACGUGGAACAAAAAUUCCUUUAGACAUCAAGGAUUUAAUAAUAAAAAUGUACAAUGAAGGAAAAAGUUAUGGACAAAUUUCGGAAAUAGUAUCAAGGCCACGAUCUUCUGUCUAAUAUGUCGUAGAAAAGUUUAAAAAAUCUGGUUUGUUACAAAUUUCUCCAGGUAGAGGCCGCAAAAAAUUAUUGAUUUACGAUUAGGACGGAAAAUUGAACGGAUGGUGAAGCUCGAUCCAAAAAUGAGUGCAGUGGAAAUAGCGAGAAUUAUUAAAGAAAGUGAAAACGUAGCUCUAAAUGCACAAACAAUCCGAAAUUUUCUUCAUCAAUGCCAGUAUAAGGCAUGUGUACCACGUAAGAAGCCGUUUAUUUCAAAAAAGAAUGUGAAACUACGCUUGGAGUAUGCCAAAAACUUCGUAAACAAAACGGAAGACUUCUGGAAAACGGUAAUUUUUACGGAUGAGAGCAAGUUUAACAUUUUUGGGUCAGAUGGCCGGAGAUUUGUGUGGCGUAGAGAAAAUACCGCCCUCGAAUUAAAAAACCUCAAAGCAACAGUGAAACACGGUGGUGGUAGUGUCAUGGUGUGGGGUGCUAUGUCCGCAGGAGGUGUCGGAAAUAUAGUAUUUGUUGAAACGACAAUGGACAAAAAUCAUUACUUAAAUAUAUUAAAAGAAAAUUUAGAAGCCAGUGCAGAAAAAUUGGGCAUUAAAGAUGAUUUUCGAUUCGUUCAAGAUAACGACCCAAAACAUAAAUCGAAAAUUGUAUGUGAAUGGUUACAUAAUAAUGUAAAACAAGUGCUUCCACAUCCUCCCCAGAGUCCAGAUCUGAACCCUAUAGAGCAUUUAUGGGGAAUUUUGGAAAAAAAAAUUAGGCAACAUACAAUUACUAACAAACAAAUGCUAAAAAAUACAAUUCUUGAGGAGUGGCGCAAUAUUGACAGCGAAACGACAAAUAAAUUAGCACUGUCAAUGAAAAAUCGUUUGACAGAUGUCAUUAAAGCUAAAGGAUACCAUACAAGCUAUUAAAACUAUUAAAUUUCUAAUUUAAGCUAUACUUAAGUUUCAAUCACUAUAUUGUACGGAGAAUUUUUUGAGCUUAGUUUCUGUAGUACUCUUUUGUUUUUUUUUUUAUUUAAUAAAAUUUAAAUUGUCUUUA